AUGGCGCUGUCGUUUGAACGAGCAGAAAAUAUUGAUGCAUUUCGUACUAGUGUCUCGACAUCGUCCACCGCAUCGCUCACCGACAGUGUUCGCGAGUAUCGGCUGCUGCAUGGGAGAACCUAUUCGCAAAAGACGGAGUACUGGGCACCCAACGAUAACAAACAGACAGAGGCUCUCGACUUCAACCACUUUUGGCAGCUUGAUUACUUCGGCGGAAGGUUGACUUUGGCUCCAAUUGGAGACAAUCCUCAUCAUGUUCUCGACGUAGGCACUGGCACCGGCAUCUGGGCGAUUGAUUUUGCCGAUACGUAUCCCUCGGCAGAGGUCAUCGGUGUUGAUAUUUCCCCAAUCCAACCUUCCUGGGUCCCACCGAACGUCAAGUUUCAGAUUGAUGAUUACGAGCUCGACUGGACCUUUCGCGAAAACUUCUUUGACCUCGUCCAUAUCCGGAACCUUGAGGCCGCCGUCGCCGACUGGCCCAAACUGUACAGCCAGGCUUUCACGCAUACCAAGCCCGGCGGAUAUGUCGAAGUCAAGCAAAUCGAUAUCAAGACACGAUCGCAAACUAUAGAGUUAACAGAUGACCACAUUUUUAGCAGGUGGUACAAGAAUAUUAGCGAGGCCACUGAAAAAAUAGGUAAGUCCGUUAAAAAUGUGGACGAUCACGGUCUGGCCAAAGGCGUCAAAGAUGCCGGGUUCGUUGUUGAAGAAGAAAAGGUAUACAGAAUACCUAUUGGAGGUUGGGGCAAGGACGCAACCCUCAGAGAGCUGGGCGCUCUUAACUUGGAGUUCAAUGACCAGUCAUUGGAAGGCUUCGGUCUCUAUCUGUUGAAGGAAGUCCUCGGAUGGGAGUACGUGGAGGUCAUGGUGUUUGUCAGUGAAAUGCGCAAAGCCCUCAGAGACCCGACGAACCAAGCGUAUUACAAUCUUAUCUAUCCGCAGUCAACGGUGUCAUUGACUGAAAGUAUCAUGCAAUAUCGUGAGAUACAUGGGCGAACAUAUACCCAGAGAUCAGAAUAUUGGGGCCCGAACGAUGAAAGACAGAGUGAAGCUCUCGACUUCAACCACUUCUGGACAACGGACUUUUUCGAGGGCAAAUUAUUCCAUGCUCCCAUCGAUGAUCAUCCUCAGAGAAUACUCGACAUGGGUACCGGUACAGGCAUAUGGGCCAUAGAUAUGGCCGAUCAAUACCCCUCCGCCGAGGUCACUGGGGUCGAUCUGUCACCCAUCCAAUCGACUUGGGUACCGCCCAACCUGAAAUUCCAAAUCGACGACUUCAACCAAGAAUGGACAUGGCCGAAAGAUCAUUUUGACUACAUCCACGGACGCAACCUUGAAGCUUGCUUCACCGACCUGCCCACGACAAUGAAGGAGGCCUACAACCACACUAAGCCGGGCGGAUACAUCGAGUUCCUGGAGUUCGAAUCACAAGCCCGAUCACAAGUCGCGGAACUGCCAGAAGAGCACAUCUACAGGACUUGCUAUACGGCCUUGAUUACUGCUGCGAAUACGCUCGGAAAACCGGGAGAGAACGUCCGGACGGGUGCGCUUCAGAGGGCGCUAGAGCAGGCUGGCUACGUUGAUCUCGUGCAUCACAGAUGGAAAAUUCCGAUUGGCGGCUGGUGUGCCGAUCCAAAGCUUAAACAAUUGGGCUGGAUCAUUCUCGACUUCUUGAGCGACUCCUUGGAAGGGUUCGGGCUCUACUUGCUGAAGGAAGUUGCUGGUUUUAGUUACGAGAAGUGCCAGGUGAUGUUCAGCGAAUACAGGGCUGCGAUGCGAGAUCCGAGGUUGCAGUCAUUUUAUUACAUGCACGUCAUCUAUGCUCGCAAACCAGAUGUAUCGAAAGAAAAGAAGCCUGCGCCUAGCGCAGCAACGCCGACCCGCGAUACGCCUCCGGGGGUACGGAAGCGUUUUACCAGUCCCUGCUCGACAAGCACAUGCUCAUCCUGGAUGUCCGCCAACAGUGUUUACACCUCAUCAACGGCGUCUCUCACUGAGAGUAUCAGGGAAUACCGCGAGAUUCAUGGCCGCACGUACACCCAGAAGACCGAGUACUGGGGACCCAAUGAUGAGAAGCAGAACGAUGCUCUCGACUUUAAUCAUUAUUGGAUGACCGAUUUCUUUGAUGGCAAGUUGUCUCUGGCUCCCAUAGGCGACAGCCCUCAGAGAGUCCUCGAUCUUGGAACUGGAACAGGAAUUUGGGCCAUCGACUUCGCCGACAAGUACCCCUCAGCUGAGGUCGUCGGUACUGACCUCUCGCCGACCCAGCCUUCAUGGGUUCCUCCCAAUGUCAAGUUCCUUAUCGAUGAUUUCGAACAGAAAUGGAUUGGCUGGCCGAAAGAUCACUUUGACUACAUCCAUGCUCGGAAUCUAGAGGCAUGCUUCAAAGAUGUGCCCGCAUUCUGUAAGGAGGCGUACGAUCACACAAAACCCGGAGGCUGGUUCGAGAUCAUUGAGUUCGACACUCGAGGCCGCUCUCAGAAUCUUGACCUGGAUGAGGACCACAUUUUCAACAAGUGGUAUUGCUGGAUCUGUGAGGGUCAAGAAAAGAUGGGUAAGCCUCAGGGCAAUGUGUCUUCGGGACGAUUCAAGAAAGCCCUUCUUGACGUCGGAUACACCGAACUUGUCGAAAAGAAAUGGAAGAUCCCGAUCGGGGCCUGGCCAGCAAAGGCUGACCUCAAGCGACUGGGGCAGUGCAACCUGGAGUUCAUGGAGAUGUCUAUCGAGGGCUUCAUGCUUUACAUCUUGAAGGAAGUUCUUGGCUUCAGCUCUGCCGAAGUUCACGUCACUAUCAGUGAGGUGAGAGCGGCGUUCAGGGAUUCAAAGAUCCAGCCAUACUACUACAUGAAUGCAAUGUACGCUCGCAAGCCACUGAAAGCCGAGAAGACGGAGGCGUAA